CAACAAAAAGCUUCGUUCAAAUCAAAACAAAGCAUGCAAGUUGAGUUGUCACUUGCACCAAGAACACGGAACACUAGAACAUUAGAAAAAACCACUGUUCCUCACUUCUCUGAAAUAUUGACAGUCAAAACGGUCUGUUUCCAUGCCUCAUCAAAUUAUAUUUCGUGAACAGUACGGUGGGAAUGGACAUGAAGUUCUUUACAUCAAAGCCCCAGAUCAAAAAGUCGUUGUGCCACUAGAUUCUAGGUACUCUCAGAGUGUGGCAUACUCUGUUAUUGGUUCUCUGACAAAUUUCUUCCGCUUAGUGUUUUUACCCCAAGGAUACCCAGAGAGUGUGAGCAGAGAUUAUUUCUCGUAUCAGUUAUGGGAUACUGUGCAGGCAUUUUGCAGUUCCCUCAAUGGAACACUAACAACGCAAGCCAUUAUGAAAGGUGUUGGAGUCGGGGAUCAAGCUUCGACCCCUGUUGCUGCUGCGAUUACAUGGAUCCUGAAGGAUGGUACUGGGAAUAUUGGACGAAUUGUUUUUGCAUGGUGGAAAGGCACAAGUUUGGAUGCAGACUGCAAAAAGUGGCGUCUAUUUGCUGACAUUGUUAAUGAUUUAGCCAUGUUUCUUGAGCUCCUUCUACCGUUUUUCAUGGGUUAUUCCACUGCCCUCUUUUGUGUCGCUACUUUACUUAAAAGCAUUGUCGGAGUAGCAGGUGGAGCCACAAGAGCUGCCUUGACUCAGCACCAGGCCAUAAGAGACAAUAUGGCAGAUGUCUCUGCAAAGGAUGGAAGUCAGGAAACCUGUGUGAACCUCUUGGCUUCUCUGGCUGGAAUAGUAGUCCUCACAGCUGUACAAGAUUCGCGGUUUCUGUGGCUCUUGUUUUUCAUAUUCACAUCUAUUCACAUUUAUGCAAAUUACAAAGCUGUGAAGUCUUUAACUAUAUCCACUCUGAAUAUAGCUCGACUGAACAUUGUUAUUAGCAACUAUAUACAGACUGGCACUGUUUUAAACCCAGAUAUUGUCAACCAGAAAGAAGCAGUUGUUCUUGGUCAAGGGCUCACUGCAAAAGAUAUUUGUGGCCACAAAAUUGUGAUUGGGGAAUCUGUUGCAUCGGUUGUCCGAGACUCUGCCUUGACUGCUGAUCAAUUUAAGGUUCUACAUCAUUUGCAUGAAGACCGAGGUUACAUGUUAGUCCCUUCUCUGAAGGAAAAGAAAAUCUUUAUUUUACUGCAGCAUAGAGUUUGUGCCAAUUCUAAUGCAAUCGUCAAAGCCUACUUUCAUGGUAUUCUCCUAGGCCUUGCGGCAAUCAUGUCCAACAAUGGGGAGCAGCAGUUAGCAGGAGUUCAUCACCAAGUGGUAAUUCUGUGCUGAAGCGACUGGAAAAAGCUCUGAAAGCUGCAUCAACCCCUAUUCAAUCUAGCACGGAUAUGCAUAGUCCAGGAUAUGUUCCCCCAAUGUCAUCUAUUAUUGCUAUUAUGGCUUCGAUGCAAAUUGACAGUGAUGAAACUGAUCAAUUUGUAAAUGGCCUUCAGUCUGCAGGUUGGGCUUCAAGUGGACAUCACCUUGGCAGCAAUGAAUGGCGUUUCAUAUGGUCACAAUCACCAACUAAAAAAGGGAAUGCCUAGGCAUAUUCUAUGAUGAACAUUCCAGAAAAUUUCAUUUAUGUGCUGUGAUUUUUCUCAUCUGUGUUUGGCUUUUAAUGUGUACUGUAUUAGUGCAUAAGUGCACAGAGAGUGCGUAAAUUCGCCAGACAUGUACUUUGUCGCCAGAAGAAGUAGGUAUGGACAGGAACUACUUUCAUAUUGAGCUGUCAUUUGAACAUAAUAAUGGGAACAAUAUAACACUGAGAAAGAUA